AUGACGUACUUGGCUGUGCUUCAUCCAUUCUUGUACCGGAAGUUCGUCGAAGCGGCCGCCGAAAAGUGGACGAUGACUCGUCUUGCGUCUAUGAACCAACGUUUUACCAACAUACCCUCUGGAUCGUACGUCGAGAAGAUGCUUUUCUUAAGUGGGAAGCAUCAUUUGUACGGCCACAAAGUCGAGAUGUCCGCGAUUUUUGACGGCAACGUCGAGUUCCACCGUAUCAACUUGGCCAAAAAGGGUAGCGAGUCAAGCAUGGCGGACGCAGGGCAAGAGGAGGACGCCAUCGCGCGUUGGGCUGUGCUGGUCGAUAAGAGCUAUCAAGGAAUUCAGCACCAAGUUCGCGGCAUCAUUCCAAGCAAGAAGCCGGCACACGGAAUACUUGACUUUGAGCAGCUCCGCGAAAAUGACCGCAUUGCAUCUGACCGUGCAAUCGUCGAAAGUUUUUUUGGCCGCCUCAAGUUGCUUUGGGGCGUGUGCAGCGACACCUACCGCUGGGAUCGUAAUAAUUACGACAUGCUUGUCCAAACCUGCGUCGCGCUGACGAACGUUCAUGUUCGUUUCCAUCCGCUGCGGUCGGAGGACGGCGAUGCCUAUGCUCACGCAAUUCUGCUCGUGUUUACCGUUCAAAGCGUAAAGCUCGCCUGGCUCUUGCUCUGGUUUCCGUGA